UUUCAAAGCUUCUCUUUUUAGAAAGAAUCUGCUAAUGAAUUGCUUUGGACCAUACUUGCUCAUCUAGCAGAGUGCCUUUGGACUUUGAAGAUGACGACCACUCUUUUGGUGCUGGAAGAGGAACUGGCUUCUGUUGACAGUGAGCUUCAGGCCGUGGAGAUCCAGGUGCAAGAGCUUCUGGAGCGCCAGCAGGAACUUAUUCAGAGGAAGACGGUGCUGAAGAAGAAAAUAAAGGAGUGUUCUGACGCAGAGAGCGGGGGGAGUAAAGACACAGAAUUGGCAGCUAUAGCUUGGAACAAGGAAGAUUUUCCUUGGUCCGAGAACAUCAGAAACGAGUUGCAGAAGAGCUUUAAGCUCCAGACGUUCAGGGCUUUGCAGCUGGAAACCAUCAACGUCACAAUGGCAGGAAGAGACGUGUUCCUCGUCAUGCCAACUGGCGGUGGGAAGAGUCUGUGUUACCAACUACCAGCAGUGUCUUCUGAUGGUUUCACCCUUGUGAUCUGUCCUUUGAUCUCACUUAUGGAGGAUCAGCUAAUGGUCCUGGAACAGCUGGGGAUUUCUGCCACUUUGCUCAAUGCUUCCAGCAGUAAGGAGCACGUGAAGUGGGUUCACGCUGAAAUGUUGGCUCGCAAUUCCCAGCUCAAACUGGUUUACGUGACGCCAGAGAAGAUUGCCAAAAGCAAGAUGUUUAUGUCCAAGUUGGAGAAAGCUCACCAAGCAGGAAGGCUUACGCGCAUUGCGGUGGAUGAAGUCCAUUGCUGCAGCCAGUGGGGACAUGACUUCAGGCCUGAUUACAAAUUGCUUGGGAUUUUGAAGCGGCAGUUUCCCACUGUGCCGUUGAUCGGGUUAACCGCGACCGCAACAAGCCACGUCCUGCAAGAUGCGCAGAAAAUCCUGUGCGUUCAGAAGUGCAUCACCUUCACCGCGUCAUUUAACCGGCCCAACCUGUACUACGAGGUUCGGCAAAAGCCUUCGAAUGCUCAGAGUUUAAUCGAGGACAUUGUUAAGCUCAUCAACGGAAGAUACAAAGGCCUCUCAGGAAUCAUCUACUGCUUUUCCCAGAAGGAUGCGGAACAAAUUACCGUGAGUUUGCAGAAACUGGGGAUCAAGGCGGGCACUUACCAUGCAAACAUGGAGCCCAAAGAUAAGAGCAGAGUUCACAAGCGGUGGUCUGCGAAUGACAUUCAGGUUGUAGUGGCCACUGUUGCUUUUGGGAUGGGAAUCGACAAACCGGACGUCAGGUUUGUGAUUCAUCACUCGAUGAGCAAGUCCAUGGAGAACUACUACCAAGAGAGUGGACGGGCAGGUCGGGACGACCAGAAAGCUGAUUGUAUCUUAUAUUACGGUUUUGGGGACAUGUUCCGAAUCAGUACCAUGGUGGUGAUGGAGAACGUUGGGCAAGAGAAGUUGUACAACAUGGUUUCCUAUUGCCACAACGUGAGCAGGUGUCGCCGGGUGCUGAUAGCUCAACAUUUUGAUGAAGCUUGGGACUCUGCCAGCUGUAACAAAAUGUGCGAUAACUGCUGCCGAGUGGAAUCGGUUGAGAAGAUGGAUGUGACCGGUCACUGCAAGGACCUUGUCAAUAUUUUAGCGCAAGUGGACCGCAUAAAAGAGAAAUUCACUCCUCUGAAGCUGGUCGAUGCCUGGUUGGGGAAGGGGUUGUCCAAGCUGGGAGUAGACGUUGUGGCCCCCAAACUCGCCCGGGACGCGCUGGAGAGAAUCGUCGCCUAUUUGAUACUGCAGCGAUAUCUGAAAGAAGACUUCAGUUUCACAGCAUUUGCAACGAUAUCUUACGUGAAGAUAGGCCCUCGAGCCGAUCUCUUGAAAAACAAGGCACACGCCAUCACUAUGCAAGUGAUAACAAGAGCCAAGAAUAGUACGAAGGUCCAGUCGCCUCCACUACGAAGCCUGGGAAGCCCAAGCGGAGAGAAACGGAAGGCUGCGCCCAAAAAAGGGGAAGGGGGACUCAAACGGUCUCCUCCGAAGCCCGCCUUCCAAGCGAAAAAGUGCAAACUUGAAUCCGAUGAAGAGGAGGAGGAGCUGAUGAUAAUUGAAGACUGAGGCAGUGGAUUUCUGCGACUGUAUCUCAAGCUGCCUUUGGAAGGCUGGGUUGGAGGCUAUAUAUAUUUUCCAGCCAGAACAAACCCCUUUGGCCAGAAAACUGAAAGGACUAUAGCAAGACGUGAAGGAAAAGACCAGCACUCCCCCCGGAUGUUUCUGAGUUGAUGGCUGCAGUUGAUGAGUUCUUUCAACAAAGAACACGGUUGGAUUUUUUUCUGUUCUCAUUUCUACAAAACUGCAUCUUUUACGGCGUACUUUGGGAUGGAAAAUAUGAGGUAGUUUCCGGGGGGCUUUAAAGACAUGUUUAGAAGAAAUUUUUGCUUCUGUUGCCUGCGUAAAGGUGCUUGUCGGAAUUACACUUUGAAUUGCUGCUGACCCCUUGUGGGAAACUUUCCCUUCUGGCUGUAACCAUUUGAAGAAAAAUCUGUUUCAUCAGCUGCCCUCCAGAGAAGGGGGCGGGGAGGGGGCGGAAUUUAGAAAUACGGGUUGAAGCCUACUACCAACUGCUAAGUUGAUUUGUCUUUAAACAAUGACAAAAGUGUUUUUUGGUUAUAGUGUCCAUAUUUGGAAGCAAAUUUGGAAAUACGUCACAACCUAGUACUUCAGAACCUAGGUGGGAAGGAGGCCCUGGCACAGGAAGGCAUUUUGUUCCAACGUAGAGUUCUUGUUUACAAUCCUCAGCGAUCAAAACACUGAAAUAAAAGGAGUGUGACAUUCAUUUGCAGAACAUCAAAA